AUGUUCGUACAGUCGAAAGGAGAAAUGCAAAUUGAUUUGUGUUAUCCAAUUUCUUUUUUUGUCAAAAUUUCACCGUAGCUUUAAUUUUCUCGUUUAAUCGAUCAAUUUAGGGUUUUUCCGAUUCGUCACCCAGUCGACUCAGCCAUGAUUUCCGAUUCGAUCCCCAACGCGUCUGUCGCUCUUGCCUCAUCCAACCCCAAGGAUUUGGCCAAGAAGAAAAGGGCCAAUCGGUCGGCGAAGUUGAAGCAAUGCAAGCUUGAUGCUCGCCGGGAACAGUGGCUUUCUCAAGUGAAGGGUAAGGGUGGGUGUAAGGAGGAGGUGAAUGGUGAAGGGGGUCUAAUGAAGUUGGAAAACAAGAACAUGCCUAUAGAGAAGCCGGAGAAAAGUCCAAGGCGUGAGGAUGGAAUAUAUAUAGAUGGAUUAUCCGUUCACCAUUUUAGUGAUUUCGAAUCCUCGCCCGCUAACAGCCCCACCAGUAGUGCAUUGGGCGGAAACGAUUCUGGCGUUAAUUUUACUUCCAGUUGCCGAAGCAGCAGCAGCAGUAGCUGUAGCACUAAUGGUUGCUUUUCGGGUAUCAUGAGUGAGGAAGAUGAAGGGAAUGGUGGUGAUGAUGGAUGCUUGGAUGAUUGGGAGGCUAUGGCUGAUGCCUUGGCUGCUACGGAAGACAAGCAUUUGGGUCAUAAUCCCAGCUCGGGAUAUGGAUUACCUGUGGAGAAGCAUGGAAAUACUGCGGUAUGUGGUUCUGGGCUGAAUUUGGCAAAGCAGCCUUUUUGUGAGAAUGAUAAUCCAAGAGAGAAGCAAGAGAGUGACAGGACAUCUGUGCGGAUAUCUCAAGCAAAAUGCCAGGCUUGGAGGCCUGAUGAUACAUUUAGGCCUCAGAGUUUACCCAAUUUGUCAAAGCAAUAUUGUAUUGGGUUAAAUUCAGAUCGGCAUUUUGGUCUAGGAGGUUCCGUUUGGGGCUGUAAGAAUGUUGGGCCAGUCCCUACAUCAUGUCCGAUUUGCUAUGAGGAUUUUGAUUUCACAGAUUCAAGCUUUGUCCCCUGUCUCUGUGGAUUCAGGCUCUGCCUUUUCUGUCACAAGAGAAUUCUUGAGGAAGAUGGGCGUUGUCCUGGCUGCAGGAAGCAGUAUGACUACAGCCCUGUUGAAGGAGAAGCCACAUUGGAUGGAGGGAGCUUGACUUUUCGACUUAAUCGUACCUGUAGCAUGACAACAAGAUCCUAGAAAGAGUCUCCGUUCCUUGAUCUGCUAGCGUGCAACCAUUGAGUUGGUGGUGGAUUUGGCUCUUGAUGUAGUGAAAUGACAGCAGUGAAAUGACAGUAAUUACAACUUUAAGUGAUGACUCAAACAGUCGAAUUUGCUUUGUAAGAAGAUCCCAUUUAAUGAACUAUUAGUCUUUUAGAGUCUUUUAGAUAUUUUUCUCUUACACAUGCAACCUUUUUUCUGUUUUAUUGUUGUGGGGGAGGAGAAAAAAGGCAUGCUGGCUUCUCCUUGUGAUACGGUGAAUAAACCUGAGUCUGAAUCAGGGAAGGUCUUGAAGCUUACAGUAAUCUAUAAAUCUAUUAUACAUUGUGGUGCAAACUAAUACUACUAUUAUUCUAAUUUUGGUAGCGUUUUGUUGGGCUUAGAGGAUGCAAACUGACAUGCCUAACGUUGAGACUUUUUUACCUUAUAUUUCAUGUGUUAGCUCAUU